AUGUUCUGGAAGAAUCCGUCCGCACUGACCCAAGUGCUGAUCGUGGCCAUGGUGUGCUUCACGUGCCCUGGUCUGUUCAAUGCACUGAACAGUAUUGCCGCCGGUGUGGCUGACGAAACCAUCAAUUACAACGCGACGGCGUUGCUGUACGCUUGCUUUGCGCUGUUCGGUCUGUUUGCCGGCGGUGCCGUGAACGUGAUCGGGCCUAAGUACACGCUGUUCAUCGGCACGUUUGGUUACAUCAUGUACGCUGCGUCUUUGCUGGUGAUGGACAAGAACUACGACACCGUGGCCAAGGUUUACAGCAGUGGCGCCACGGCGUUCUUCUAUGCGUCGAACGCGUACCACUCGUUCUUCAACACGUCGCUGUUCAACACCCGGUCCAGCUCGUUCGCGUCUGCGUUCUACUGGGGGUCGCAGAUGCUCGGCGCGUUCACCGUGGGCAAGUACCUCGAUCGCCCUGGCAGCAAGAAGCCCAAGGCGUUGCAGUCCAUCUUUGUGAUCGCCGUGCUCAUCAUGUUGAUGUGGGGCUCGGCCAUGUGGGUGCAAGUGGAGUUUGACUUGGGCAACGGCAAGAAGGACAAGAACAUUGAUUUCCAAGAAGGCGCGUUCUGGCUCAAGUUUUUGCUGUACAUGUUCUACGGGUUCAACGACUCGAUCGUGCAAGUGUGGGCGUACUGGUUGAUGGGUCAGUUCUCGGACGACAUGUCCACGCUGGGUCGCUACGCCGGUUACUACAAGUGCGUGCAAUCUGGCAUGGCUGCUGUGGGCUGGCGUCUGGGCGGCAUCCCCAUCUCGCCCGUGUCCAACAUCAUUGUCAACUGGACGCUCUCCACCGUCGGUCUCGUGCUCGCCUUCAUCUCGGUUAAGACGUACAUGGAAGAAAAGACCCACGAGGAGGCCUACGAAGGCGCGGAAACCCCCAAGGACAAGGUCUUGAUUGCGCAUUAA